AUGUCUAGUUCAGAAAGGUCAGAAGUCAAGUUUGACAAGCAUUUCAAUUGGUGGUCACUGCUAGGUAUCGCAUUCUCAUUAAGUUGCUCGUGGGUCGGUAUCUCUGCAUCGAUGGCCGUUGGUAUUGCCAGUGGAGGGCCACUGCUUAUCAUCUAUGGGUUGAUAAUUGCUGCAUUCUUCAGUCUCAUGUGUGGUAUAUCUCUGGGGGAUUUUGCUGCCAUACUGCCAAAUAGCAGUGGUGGUUCAUUUUGGGUUCUUAAAAUGUUGGAGCAAGAAUCAGCACCUUUGAAAACCCCCGAGUACGAGGACCCUUCUGACGACGAUGAAGAAGUCUUCCUCGAAAACUAUUGUCAAACUGCUAACGUGGAAGUUUCUUCCAAAUUUCAAAAGGUUUCAUCCAUGGUCGUGGGGUUGCUGAACUAUUUCGGCGCCAUUUUCACUACAGCAAGUAUCUGCUCAUCUUUGUCAAUGAGUUGUAUUGGUAUUCAUAACUUGUUGCAUCCAGAUUAUGAAUUAAAACAUUGGCAUGUGUUUGUGGGUUACCAAUGUAUUAAUGCCGUUUUAACACUUUUCAAUAUUUAUUCAACUCCACUGCCCUACAUUUCUCAGUUUGGGCUCUACACAUCUCUAUUAUCUUUCGCCAUGACUUUCAUCAUUUGUAUUGUUUCAAGAUCUGACAACACCGUAGACCCAUGGCCCAAGGCUUCUAAUAUAUUUGGGAGUUUUGAUAAUCAAACAGGCUGGAAUUCAUCGGGAAUGGCAUUUGUUGUCGGUUUGGUCAAUCCUAUUUGGGCAUUUGUUGGCAUCGAUUCCGCCACGCACAUGAUUGAUGAAGUUGGUUACAGCAAAUCACGUUUCUUAGUUCCCAAAGUUAUUAUCACCACCAUCAUUGUGGGCUUUGUGACUAGUUUUAUUUAUUGUGUCGGUUUGUUUUUCUGCAUCACUGACAAAACGGCAGUUGUUGAGUCUAUCUUACCUAUCGUAGAAAUAUUUUACCAGGCCACAGGUAAUAGAAAUCUCAGCGUCUUCCUGCAAUGUAUGUGUAUUACGACAGGUUUCGUUUCAGGCAUUGCAAGCGGAACUUGGCAAAGUCGAAUCCUGCAAUCAUUCGGGAAGAGUUACGCACCAUUUUAUAAAGAGGGUUCCUUGGGAAACAAGUCGUUGAAGAAGCUAGCCAUUUUGACACCUGGGUUUAAAUCUCCAUUAUAUGCCCACUUUUUGUCGCAGAUAUGCGUCACGAUAAUUGGCUGCAUCUUUAUGGGAUCCAGCACCGCUUUUAACGCAAUCAUCACGGCAUGUAUCACCCUGCUGCUAAUGUCCUAUGCAGUUCCUUCUUUUAUAUUCCUCUUCGUUGUUAAUAAAGAAAAAUUCGUCCAUAGAAUUGAGAGUGACGUAAAUUGUAUUAGCAGGCCUAACCGUCGUCGUAUGUCUCUGAUUCCCCAUAUUAUAUGUAUCCUAUGGACCUUAUUCUGCCUGGUAUUUUUGUCUUUCCCGUACACACUACCGGUUACUGCAGGAAACAUGAAUUAUACCUCAGUCGUAUAUGCAGUAGUUUUCUGCAUCAUCAGCAUUGUUGUUUUUCCCGCAUGCAUCUAG